AGCGUGUAACGGACAUGAUGAUCUGACUGACUUUCGCAAGACGACAACCAAACAAUUGAGAAAAAUGUUGUGGAUGAUUGGGGCUGCCCAGACUUGGCACUCCCAACGUUCGUCACUACUUCAGAACAUCCUUGACUCGUCAGUUGUCCUCUGAUCAAUCGUCAUGGCUCCCCAUCCUCUUAUCAACGAGCCUGCUCCAGAGUUCUCUAUUCCCGAUGCAAACGGACACAUGUUCAAGUUUCCCCCUGAAGAACAGGGGGUGCGAGUGAAGAAGCCCAUUGCAUUGUUCUUCUACCCUGAGGCAGGAACAUACGGUUGCACUCGCGAGGCUUGUCAAUUUCGUGAUGCAUUGGUUGAGAAAGAGAUUUUCAAGCGAACUGAUGUCCAGGUGAUCGGGAUAAGUCCCGAUCCUGUGCCAAAGCAGAAGCGAUUUGUUGAGAGUCAGAACCUUACAUAUCCUGUCUUGAGCGACGAGAAGCACGUUGCAUACCAAGCUUUCCAUGUCGGCAAGGGCCUUCUCGGAUUCUCCGACGCCAGAACAACUUUUGUCAUCGACAAUAAAGGCAUAAUCAGGGACUCGUUAUCUGCAACUAUCAAUUACAACGCCCACGUCAAAUUUGUUAUUAAGGCCUUGGAAGCACUGGAGUCUCAAUCUUCUGUCGAGCCUAUCCAUGACACGGACGUCGAUGCAGCACGUUCCGAUGACCCGCCAUCAUCACCAAGUCGUGAAGAAUUGGGUCGGGCUGCAUAUGUGGUCGGUGCAUGACAACUCCGUCUCGUACUCUUAAUUUCAUUGUAUCUUGCUGUGAUAUCCAUCAUGUCGUUCGAACAACUUUUCUGGUAUCCACAUCAUUGUAUGCACAAUCCCACACCACCAGAUCUACAGCAUCUGGAUCAACCAAAGAUAAUCCUGAGCCUUCUCGAGAUUACUGAAUCCACGAAGGUUAAUGUUGAGAACUCGGGAUAAGAUGCAGUGCUAAGGGCUUGUUUAUUUUUUCUAGAAUUUUGAUCGGGAUAGCAGGAUUGGCACG